AAAAACCCAAUUCCUUGUCAAUAAAAAAUUUCAAGAAACAAAAAAUAGCAAAAGGGAAAAAAAAAAAAAAAAAACUAGAAAACAAGAAAAUAACAAGAAGAUGGAAUGUGCAGCCAGAAGCAAGAACAUUUGUUCUAUUUUCCUCCAUUUAAUUACGCUUUCCUCAAUCUUUCACAAUUAUUCCUUUGAUCCUAGUCCUGCCUCACACCAGAUUUUUUCCUCCAUCUAUAUGUAUAAUUAUAUGUUUUGUCAAAUUUUUGCCACAAGUCGUCUCCCCUUGGGAUUUCUAGACCGAGAGAGAGAGAGGGGGGGAUCAUCCCAUUAUACCUAUCGUUUGCUUCUCUAACAGAAAGCCCUAGUUUUUGUUUUUUGGGUCUCGAUUUGUAGGGUUUGAAGAGGAAAAAAAAAAAAACUGCGGUUUUUGAUCUUCAAUGGAGGCUGCUUCAGAGGGAGAGAAGAAGCCCAAGCGCCAGAUGAAGACCCCUUAUCAGCUGGAAAUCCUCGAGAAAACCUACGCAUUGGAGACAUAUCCGUCAGAGGAGAUUAGGGUGGAUCUGUCCGAGAAAUUAGGGUUGACGGACAGGCAGUUGCAGAUGUGGUUUUGCCACAGAAGGUUGAAGGAUAGGAAGGAUAUGGAGAAAGCGAAGACGGAUAAUUUUGAUUCUACUAGAGAUGAGUUUAUUGCUUCUGAAAGAGGUGGGAAUCAUGGAUCAAGGUUUGGGUCGGGUUCAGGGUCAGCCUCGGGAUCAGGGUCAGGUUCGAGUCAUUUCGAAUGUAGGGAUGGUGUGCCGAUGGAAGGAAGGUAUUAUGGCUCACCAAGGUCGGUAAUGGAGAGUAGAGUGAUAGCUUGUGUGGAGGCACAGCUCGGAGAGCCGUUGAGGGAGGAUGGGCCAAUUCUUGGGAUGGAGUUUGAUGAACUUCCACCCGGCGCAUUUGGGGCUCCUAUAGUGAUGGCAAAGCAGCUGGAACAAUCGUUUGGGGAAUGUAAUUUGAAGCCGAUCAAAGCUGGUAAGAUGGGUCACCGUGAAUAUCUUCUCGACAGUAUCAAAUCUGAUGCAUACGAAGGACUUAUGCCGUAUAACCUCUAUGAUUCGCCUGUUGGUUGUCCUGGUGCCAAUGCUUCUUUACCUCUGCUUGGUAAUGGACAACUGUCCUGUGGAUUUGGAGUCCAAGGCCGGGUACCUAGUCAAAGCUUAUCAUCUCAACUAGAUAGGAAGGGACAUUUUUCAUCACCUUCUGGGGAUAAUAAAUGUACUCAACAUAUGGAGGUCUCAAUAAACAUGCAAAUGGAUGCUCCGGACUAUAUGGAUCCAGUUGGAGCGCCAGAAAUUAGAGAGGCAUCUGACAGGAACACUUCAAAAAGUAAACAUGGUUUGUUGAUGGAGAAAAAACGCAAGAGUAAUGAAGGUAGAAUUGAAAGACAAGGUGAACCCCCUGAAAAAAGGAUCCAGAAAGACCUUGACAAACAAGAUACCUUGAGGCAUAAGAGAGAUGAGCAAAUAAGGAGGGAGAUGGAGAAGCAAGAACGUGAAAAGCGGAAAGAAGAAGAGAGGAUGAUGCGUGAAAAGCAACGACAGCAAGAGAGAUUUCAACGGGAGGAAAGACGUGAAAAUGAAAGGAGGGAGAAAUUUUUACAGAAGGAAUCUUUGAAAGCUGAGAGGAGGCAGCAAAAAGAAGAGCUUCGCAGAGAGAAGGAAGAAGCAAGACUGAAAGCUGCAUCUGAGAGGGCAACAACCCGGAGACUUGCUAGGGAAUCCAUGGAGCUAAUUGAGGAUGAUCGGUUGGAGUUAAUGGAAUUGGCUGUUUCAAGCAAGGGAUUACCCUCAAUAGUUUCUCUUGACCAUGACACUAUGCAAAACCUCGAGUCUUUCAGAGAUUCUAUGGCUUCUUUCCCUCCUGAGUCUGUGCUGUUGAAAAGACCAUUUUCAGUUCCGCCCUGGACUGAUUCAGAGGAGAACAUCGGGGACCUUCUAAUGGUGUGGAGUUUCUGCAUGACUUUUGCAGAUGUUCUGGAGCUUUGGCCUUUUACACUGGAUGAACUUGUUCAAGGCUUUCAUGACUAUGAUUCGAGAUUAUUGGGCGAGAUACACAUUGCUCUUCUGAAAUCGAUUAUCAAAGAUAUUGAAGACGUUGCAAGAACUCCCUCCACUGUGGUGGGAACAAAUCAAUAUAGUUCUGCUAAUCCUGAAGGCGGACAUCCACGAAUUGUUGAAGGGGCAUAUCUAUGGGGCUUUGACAUAUGCCACUGGAAGAACCGCCUAAAUCCAUUGACAUGGCCUGAAAUAUUGCGGCAAUUUGCAUUAUCAGCAUGCUUUGGACCACGCUUGAAGAAAAAAAGAACUGAAAAACCAGGCUUGCCUGACCAUGUUGAGGCUAAAGGUUGCGAAGAUAUAGUUUCCAUUCUACGAAAUGGUUCUGCAGCUGAGAAUGCUGUUGCAAUUAUGCAAGAGAAAGGGUUUCCUCUUCAACGCAGAUCAAGGCAUCGGUUGACUCCCGGAACAGUCAAAUUUGCAGCUUAUCAUGUUCUUUCUCUUGAAGGAAGCAAGGGCAUGAAUGUGUUAGACCUUGCGAAAAAGAUUCAGAAAUCUGGACUUCGUGACCUAACAUCAAGCAAGACACCAGAGGCCUCUAUUUCAGUUGCCUUAUCAAGAGAUCCAGUUCUUUUUGAAAGAAUAGCUCCUUCGACAUAUUGCGUACGGCUUCCUUUCAGAAAAGAUCCUGAUGAUUCUGAGGCAAUACUAGCAGCAGCCAGAGAGAAAAUAAAGCGAUAUGAAAAUGGUUUCUUAGCUGGGGAAAACAAAGAUCCUGAGGAUGUUGAAAGAGAAGACGACUCGGAAGGCGAAGGUGCUGAUGAGGGUCCGGAAGUUCAUGAUUUAGGUACUCCAAAUGCAAACCAAAACAGCAACAGUUUUGAAUUUAAUACUUGCUCAGGAAAUGGAAAGGAGAGUUUAGUAGACGAUGUCACAUUAAAUCUGCAAAACGAGCCUUAUACUGCUGUUUCAGGCACUCUUGUCAAUCAAUUUGUUGAUGUUUCUGGUAAAGAAAAUGGUGCAAGUGUGCCUGGUCAAGGAGAUACAGAGAUUGAUGAAAGCAAGUCAGGUCAACCAUGGGUUCUAGGGCUUACUGAAGGGGAAUAUUCAGAUCUUUCUGUUGAAGAGCGUCUCAGAGCUCUUGUUGCCUUAGUUGGCAUUGCCAAUGAAGGAAACUCUAUCCGUUCUGUUCUUGAGGAUCGCUUGGAUGCUGCAAAUGCUCUUAAAAAGCAAAUGUUGGCAGAGGCACACUUGGAUAAAAAGCGCAUCAAAGAUGAGAGUAUACCUAAGUUCCAUUCCUCUUCUUUUGCGGGAAAUGACGCUGAAAUAAAGCAAAACUGUGCUGCAGCAGAGAGCAGCCAAAGCCCAUUGACUGGUGUCGAUAACAGUAUUUACGAUCCGGCCAUAACCACUACAGCAAAGGAAGAGCCUUUUAUUGGGGCGGAUAGGAUCCUGGUGGAACUCGAAGCCUCCAUGGGUCAAAUUGGUUCCUCAAAUCAGCAAAAUGGUUAUGCUGCAGAAAGGACACGCUUGCAGUUGAAAUCGUAUAUUGGCCACAGAGCAGAAGAGAUGUACGUAUACAGGUCUCUACCUCUUGGGCUAGAUCGAAGGCGUAAUCGUUACUGGCAAUUUGUUGCAUCUGCCUCUAGACAUGAUCCUGGCUCUGGAAGGAUCUUUUUUGAAUCACCUGAUGGCUAUUGGAGGCUUUUUGAUUCUGAAGAGGCAUUUGAUGCUCUUUUGGCAUCGUUGGACACCCGUGGGAUCAGAGAAUCUCAUUUGCAUACAAUGCUGGAAUACAUUGAGAAGUCUUUCAAGGAAAGUCUCAGAAGGCAUUCACAAAGUGCUAGUAUCGUCGACAGAAAAGGAAGCAUAGUAAAUGAAGAUACUGAAAUGGAUUGUAGUCCUGCCCAAGACAGCCCUAGUAGUACGGUUUCUGGUUCAAAUUCUAAUACCUGUGAACCAUCGUUCUCUUUUAAAAUUGAGCUUGGGAAGAACGAAACCGAGAAAAAGGCUGUUAUGGAAAGAUAUCAAGAGUUCCAGAGGUGGAUGUGGAAAGAAUGCUUUGAUUCAUCAACUCUCUGUGCUAUGAGAUAUGGAGAGAAAAGAUGCAGGCCACUUAUGGGAAUUUGUGAUUUUUGUCUUGACUCUUUUAUGGUUGACAACGAGCUCUGCCCUUCUUGCUACAGGCCAUUUGGUACCUCUGAUAACAAGACUACUCUUUCUGAACAGUUUGAAGAUAAAAGAAAAAUAAGCCCCAGAAACUAUAACCUUUCAAAAGCUUCUCAUCCCUUGAGAAUCAGAUUGCUCAGGGCCUUGCUAACAUUCGUUGAGGUUUCAGUUCCAUCAGAGGGUCUUCAAUCUUCUUGGAUGGACCAAUGUAGGAAGGCUUGGGGUAUUAAGUUACAUGCCUCACUGUCUGCUGAGGAUCUUCUACAGAUUUUGACGGAGUUUGAAGUUGUCAUCAAACGGGGUUUUUUAUCGACAAACUUCGAGACAACAGACGAAUUAUUGGCGUCCUCUGCUGUAUCAGGGAGAGGUGCUAAUCCUGGAUCGGUUCCUCAACUUCCUUGGAUACCACAGACCACUGCUGCUGUUGCUCUCAGGCUUUUAGAGCUUGAUGGCUCUAUUUCCUACAACCUAGAUCAGAAGGUCGAGAUUCUUGAAAACAAGGAAGGAGAAACUUUCACAACAUCAGGGUACUCUGUCAUGAAGAACAUAGAAGAUUUUGAACAACCAGAGGCAGACCAAGAUGGACACAUGAGAGAGAAGAAUUUCACUGGCCUAACUAGUGUGUAUGGGAGCAAUAAAUAUGGAAAAGGGAUUCGCGGCCGCUUCCGAGGAAGGUCGCAGAAAAGAGUUAGUGGUUCCGGAAGGCGAAAUCUGAGCAUUCCAUUAACUCAUGUACUUAGGCAGCAUGGAGAGAGAGCACAUGGACAAAGACUAGGAAGGGGUCGCAGAACCGUUAGGAGGAGGAGAGAGGAAAAGAUGGUCAUUGAUGAAAUGCUACCGAGUCGUAUGGGCAACGAAGCUGGUUUUCAGAAUUCUGGCUGGGAGUCACCAAGAAACUCCGGAGGGGAGGAGGAGGUUGGGGAAGAUAUCCAGCCUAUGCAAAAUGAGGGUGCUGAAAAAAGUAACAGUUUGGAACCUGUUGAAUCUUCUGAUGAUGAUGAUGAUAAUCGUGUGGUGGAGUAUGAAUAUGCGAAGUGGGGGACUGGGAAUUUGAUGGUGAUGAGUGAUGAGGAUUUAGAUGGUAGUGAGGAAGAUAAUGAUUUGGAAGAGAUGGAUGGAGGAAAUUUUGAGCGAGUUGUCGAUAUGAAUGAGGAUUCAGAUGGAAAUGCGAAUGAGGAAGGAAGCACGGAGUCAGCAGGUUCAGAAGAGUAUAGUGAUUAAAGCAAGAGAAUUUUUGAAGGGACUAUUGAUGUAUCACAAGGCGAUUUAGAUUUUGUAUAUUUCUUUGUUCUGUAAUUCUUUUAUAAGGUGCAGCUUACUAGUGGGCCAUCUUUUGUAUAGGUAUAGGAGAAAUAUAUAUUCAGAUGCUGUUGCUCUAUUUGUUACCAGUCAUUGAUAAGCAAGAAGAAACAUAAGGAGAAGGUUUUUUGGCGGGGAUCAAUAUGCAGAGUUGAUAUGUACUUAUUUUAAGCAAUUCCUUAGUCCUAA